UCGGUUUCCAUUUUAUACAAAAAGCAAGACGAUGGAGUUCCCUGUACUUCAUUAGAUUUCCUGCCGCGUUUCAGGCGUAUCUCACACCGGGGACCAGCCGGCUGUGCCAUUGGCCACAAGCCGCCCCUGAGGAGCCGGGAAUGGGCCGCGCCGGGCCCGGAGCCCGCCCCGGGGGUGGUUCUGGAGGCGGGAGCGCUGGAGCUUUCUGGAAGGAGCGGAGGGAAGCGCCUUCUGGAAGGUUCUGUGGGCAGCGGGCGGGAGUGAGGGCCGGGCCGGGCCGUGUGUGGAGCCUGGGAGCGCCGGAUGAACGAGUAGUGAUAGGGGAGACACAGGAGAUAAACAUGGAAGUCGUGGUAUUAAAGAUUGAAGAUCCAAGUUGCUUUUGGAUUGCUGUGAAAGACUACGUGCCGGGCAUAGUCAGUGAAACUGUGUAUGAAAACCUGAAUGCUGAAAUGAAACAGUUUUAUAACAGUUACAGAGACUCAGAUGCAAUAAAACAAGAGGAGAUAGAAAAAGGCCAGGUUUAUGUGGUUUUCAGUGAGGAACUCAAGUGCUGGUGUAGGGCACUGGUUGAGUCAGUGUGGUGCCAGGCAGAUGGUUACCAGCUCGGAUGUUUCCUUGUGGAUUAUGCCAAGUACUGUUCCGUUGCAUCAGAGAACGUUCGAGUUUUAGUAGGAGCAUUUGCAAAGAUCCCACAUAGAGCAAAGAAGUGUCGGCUGCACUGCACAAAGCCACUGACACUGCAUAUUGACUACUGUGAAAACACUGCCAAAAUAGGACCAGCCAAAAAAUGGGAUACUGCUGCUAUCCAGCAUUUUCGAAAACUUCUUGAUGAGGCUACCGAGGUUAAAGCCACAAUACAGGCGGUAGAAGAUGAAGUGUUAGAGGUGUUUCUUUUUGUGACUGUAAGAGAUGAAAAGAUAUGUAUUAAUGAUGAUCUGGUUGCAAAGCACUUUGCUCAUUACAAGGAAGGUGAAGGGACUGCAGAGAGUUCUACGGAUGAUUCUGACAAUGAAGUGUCGUUAAAUGCUGAGUGUGUUCCAGUGGAGUUUGUUGGUCCUACAUUUCUUGCCAGGCCGAAACUGCCCUUUGGGGACACGAUGUCACCACAUCUUGAGCCAGGUCUUGCUAGUUGUAAUUCUGUUCUUGAAAAGACGUCCCAAAGGUCACACACAGUUCUAAAUGACAAUACUGUCCCUGUGGUCAGCAUGGUUCCAGAUGUACCUUCUAAGGAAGAUAAAGCAGUUCAAACAGAGAGGCUUCCACAGUUCUUAAAUUCCAAUUCCCUCCAGACACAGACAGUUGAAGAUGACCAGCAGAGUUUUCAAAACGCUGGGAAAGAAAAAAACUUUGUGUUCCUGAGCAAGAAAAUUGAACCAUCAUCAGUUUUGGAAACAGCACCACUUUUUGAUGGUCUGAAAAAGGAACUUCCUUGGAACAAGCUUUCAGCCUGUACCUUCACUGAGUCCUACUGUUGGCCACCAUUAGCUUGGGGAUUUGAUGUUGUUGCCAUCUCCCAACAGGGACAUGAUCCCUUAUUAUAUAUUCCACCUGUUCUUACACUUCUGCAGUUGGAAAGUGACUACCAAGCCUUGCCAAACAUGAGUGGACCACUAGCAUUGAUUUUAUGUCCUGGAUGGAAGAAGGCACAACUUGUUUUUGACCUGCUGAAAACAUACAGGAAAGGCUGCAGCCGCCUUCAUCCAAUGCUGAUAAUCCUUGGGCAGAACAAGGAUGCAGCCAGACAAGUGGAAAUCAGAGGCUGUGAAGUAGUAGUGACUACACCAUUCAACCUUCUGAGACUGCUGGAACAUAACACUGGGUUAUUGUGUAGGCUUUGCCAUCUUGUUCUUGAUGAGAUUGAGGUGCUGUUCUCUGACACUACUGAACAGGUGUUUACUAUACUGGAUUGUUACAAGAAAGCCACUGCUCAGGCACAAAGGAAUCUACCACAUCAGAUCAUUGCUGUGGGAACUCAGUGGAAUAAGCACAUCACACCCUUGAUAAAGGAGUUCAUGCAUGAUCCUCACAUUGUGAUAACAGUUAUCGAAGAAGCUGCCAUCUUUGGUAAUGUGCAACAGGUAGUGCAACCCUGCAUGAACAGCAACAGAACUGCCGAGUUACUCAAAAUCCUGAAUUUUACCCAGAGGAAUCUUCAAAAAGUGCUGGUAUUCAGUGACUCAGUAGAUGAGGUAGAGAUGAUUCAUAAGGUACUGAAGAGCAACUCAGUAGUUUCCUUGAAAAAGCAUAGAGACAGCAAAUGUAAUGCUGAGUGUGUCUUGGAGAGGUGGAGAAAAAUGCACAGUUCUGGCACUCAGGCUGUGUUAGUUUUAACAGAUGACUGCCUGCAGUCCUUGGGAAUCACAGAUGCAACUUGUGUGAUCCAUUUCAGUUUCCCAUCUCCAGGAGUCUUUGGGCAGCGCCUGCAAAGCAUGAGUGACAACUUCUGCUCUGGGAUAAAGGAUUCUACUGUAGAUCAGGAACAUAUGAAAGCCAAGUCAGUCAUUCUGCUGACAGAGAACAGUUCCUGCCAUGCACUUGGGAUUCUCCGUUAUUUAAAGCAUGCAGAAGCUGAAAUUCCAGAGGAACUCUAUGACUUGACUGCCAGGGUGCUGGAAUCUGAGGAAAAUGAGAAAUUUUCAAGGCCCCUGUGUGCUUCUCUUAAAACAUUUGGGAUCUGCAGGAACAGAACAGAGUGUCCAGAUCGUCAUCAAAUUAAUUUAUCAAUAGACAUGGCCCAGAAUAUUGCAGAUGAAAUGAUAGAAACACCUGAACGUGUGACAAUCCUGCCUCUCUUCAUUGUACAUGCAACAAACUACUUUGGUCGAAUAGUCAAGAAACAAAAGGACCAAUAUACAGUUCUUGCUAAAGAAAUAAAUGAUUACUUCAAGCUACCAGGACAUAGGAUUUCUGCUAGCACUGUGGAGAAGUCAGUGUUUUAUGGGUUAUGUGAGGGAGCCAUUUGCCACAGGGUUCAGGUGGUAGAGACUCCAGCAAAAGAUGAAGAAAAUGUCUGUAAGGUCACAAUUAAAUAUAUAGAUGAAGGCAGGACAAGUCAAGUGAAUAGUGAUCAGCUGCUUCACUUACCUGCAAAGUUUCAGAGUCUGCCACCUCAGGCUGUGGAAAUUGUAGUUUGUAGAGUAAAACCCAUAGAUAAUGAAGUUGAAUGGAAUCCAAAGGUGACUGAUCACAUUAAUCACAAAAUUAAAGGAAAACUUCAUCAUGCAAAAGUGAUGCAUACCUUGGGAAAGACAGUUUGGGUUGACCCAAUGGUUGGGGUUACCAAUCUUCCCACAAUGAAGAUGUGGGUAAAUGAGUACAACAUUCGAUCUGAGAUUUUGUCGACGGGUUUGGGAACCGACAAUCCUGAACAUAUAGGAGAAAUUCAGAAGUUGUGCAGACAGAUACCAGUUUUGGAUCAUGCAGAGAGCUUGGAACAUUUACGCACCAGGCCUGAGACUGCUGUUGAAAAAUUUGGAACUUCAGUACAGGCUUUGUUAGAAAGAAGCACAAAAGAGGACACAGCUGGUCUAGAGGAGGCAUCCAGUCCACAGGAGACAUUGAUACAGGAAAAUGCUACUGAAAGUGCUAACGGUUCUGUGACUCCUCCAAGCAAUAAUGUUCUAACAAAAGAAGCUGAAGACUCUACUGUGCAUCAGCAGAAGGGCUAUCAUCCACAAAUCAAGUGGUUUCAAGAUAAUGUGACUGUGACACUGAAGGUACAAAUACUGAGGGCAGCUGACAGUAAAUGUGAGUUCUAUAGAGAGAAGGUGACUUUCAGUGCUUAUUCAGAAGGCAAACUUUAUGUGGCUGACCUGGAGCUGUAUGAGUCAGUAAUUGCAGAGACGUGCACAUGUUUGAUUAAGGAUACAGAGGCUGUGAUUUUACUGGUAAAAGAGAAAAAAGGAAUGUGGUGCAAAUUACUGAAGAACAAGAAUGUUCACGUGUCCUUAGAUUUUGAACAUUGGGAAGAAUCUGAAGAUGGAAGGCCUUUUACAGUUGGUCCUGCAAGACCUGGAAGCUACCCUCCUGCAGGAUCUGAGGACUGGUUUGAGUCCUCAGAAGACAGCGAUACAGAAAGUGAUGAAUAAUUGGGAAGUGAAAUGCCUUUCCCCUCUGAUAAGACUUGUAUUAUUGCUAAUUGUUAAUUAAACAGUUAGUAGUUGUUGAUUGUUGAGUUGAUAGUUGAUGUAAUUGUGGCUUGUUCAUGUAAUUGUUAAUUAAAAACAUUAGUGCCCUUAGAACCUGACUGCAACUCUCCUUAAUUAUAACCUUCACCUGAGAACAGGUACUGGCAAAGCUGUACCUGCUGUAAGGACAUUUAAGAGCUGAUGUAAUCUGUAUUUUAGUCUUGCUCUGCAUCCUGAUGACAACAGGAAUCACCUACCUGAGAAAAACAGCUGCAGGCCAGAUGUUUUCCUUUGCUUGUUUUGUUCUUCUUUGACGUGUUUAAUACCUAAAUACAGUGUUUGGUUUUUUGGCUUUUUGUUUUGCUGGUAGAUUAGUAUCUGAUGGGUUAUUUAAGAGGUGUAAAUUACUUCUAGUUUCUGUUUAGAAAACAAGGCCUAUUCUGUGAAAUAGAAGGAAAAAGUGGGUUUAGCCAUACAUACUUGGCAGCUGAAAGCACCAGUGUAAAGAACAGUGUAAAAAUACAAGCAGUAUGUCCAAGAAUAUUCUUCCUCCCUCAAGCAGUUUUUGAUCAGGGUUUUCAUGAGGAAGAGAUUUCCUGCGGACUUGCGUAAGUGUAGUUGCAUUUUGAAACGUGUUCUGUGAGCUUUUUCCAUUAUCCUGCACUAAGGAAUUCAUGAUUUUCCUGUGUUUUGAAGCCUUCCCUCAUGAGGGCAUUGGGUACCCCAGUGGGUCCCUCGAGGAGUGGGUGGAGGAGCAGGUGAAAGAAAAAAGGAGGUUGCAGCCCCAAAAUGCCUGACAGGUCAUAGGACAUGUAAAAAAACCCUAAAGGUUUUCAUUUUUAUAUAUAACUAUAUAAAAAUUUAUUUCAAAAUAGCUCCUCCUCCAUUAUUGUAUAUGUGGGUUUAGAAUAGUCAACGCUUCUUACACCCAUCGGGUUUGAAAACACAACUUUAGUACAAUAAAGUGCUUGACACUGCAAGAAGAAAAGAUCCCUUUGUGUGCAUUGAAAGCACUUGCGGUGCUCUGGGUGUUCUGAGGCUCCUGCGGCCUGUGUCAGAGCUAGCAAAGCUGGGGCUGCCGCCUGCUGGUGCUGCCCGGUUCUGCGUGCUGCGGGGCCGCGGGCCCGGGGCUGUACGGCCCGCCUCGGGGCUCCGGGCCCCCCAUGCGGCUCCGGGCCCCGUGCAGGCCGCGGGCGGGGCAGGGUCCUCAGUCACUCGCCGGGGCUGGUGCUGGCUGUGUCCGCAUGUCGCCGGCGCUGCCUGAGCCUCCCCUGCUCCAGCCCCGUGUCCUCAGCCGCCCCAGCCCUGUGGUGACACGGGCAUGUCGCGUGGUCUCGGGUGUCCGGCAGCUCCUGGGCCGGCGGAGCUUUUGGAGAAGAAUGAGGACCCAGCCUUGUUUUGUCACACAAGAGGGAAGCAGAGAUGUCUGUGGGGUGUAAAUACUCUGCCAAGCAGGGGAGUGGCAAGAAGCACAGGGAAACUCCAUGAAGUGGCUCAUGUUCUUUACAAUGGGUUCCCCAGAAAAACAGCCAAUGAAAAUGUAGUCCUGUGCCAGUUAAACAAGCACAGGGAGGAGCAACAACCAGACGUCUGAAUGUCAAGAUGUGCUUGCUGAACUGCAGUCUCUACUUCCCAGGAUCAGCCUUCCUCUGUCCCUCAGUACAGAGAGGGCCUGGGUACUUGAGUCACACAAAAUCACUCUGAAUCAGCAUUUGUAGCACUUAAAAAAGCACCAAGAAUAUGAUGGGACAAGAAAAGAAGGGGAGCAGCAUCAUCAGAUCAGCUCAAUACAUAAGGAAUGCGUGCCAAUUUAUUACUUAGAAGCCAGCUAACACAUUUCAUAAGGCAGACUACUCCUGUAAUACUGCUUCUUCACAGUAAUUAAUCAGCAGCUUGCUCAAUAUAACAGCUUUGUCCUUAUUUUUCUAAUAAAUGGCAAAGCAGCUCUCCCCAUAUAGCCUCCUGUUGCUAAUUUAAUUAACUGCAAGCAUGUGACCAGUUUAUCUUUAAUAGUGCACACUUUUUCUUCAGAGGAAUCCAUCAAUGCUUCCUAUAUUAUUUUCCUGUCUAAUUCCCCCUGCCCUUGCACUAUCCAUCAGGAACCAAAUGCACUUUUUAUUCCCCUUUCCCUGCAGUUCCAGAAGCUGUUAUGGCACACAAAGGCAAUCAGAAGUGACAGCCUGGCCUGCCCCAGAAACAGGACCGUGACUCACCACUGCACUCUCAACCUCCAGCAUCUCAUGCCUUCUACCAAGCAUUUUCUGCCUGUGCAUCUCCAUAACUAAUUAAUUCUUAGCAGAGUGCUUACUAAGUAGAUCAGGAAAGCGCUGUAGCUGCAGGCUGUAUUUAUGUUAAUGAAGAAGUUUAGUCUCAGGCUGGGCAGCUUCUAACCUUUGCAACAGCAACAUCUGAACACAGAAUCAAUGCUCAUCAGAAAUAACACCAAAAUACAUUUCCGUGUUUGCCACUUCAUUCCUAAACAAGAAAACCCCAUUCCCUUGGGAGGAAAGAGCUCACUGAGCCUUGGUAGAACUCACACCUCGGUGACAUCCGAGCCCCCAUUGCUCUGUCAGACACAAAAGGCUCCUGGAGAUGCUGAGACACAGCCCAGGGCUAUGGCUGUGAGAGGCCAGAACUGGCAAUUAGAGAUUUUCAGGUUAAUCCAUGAUCUUUCCACUGCUGUGCUGCACGGCACCAGGCAGUCAGAGGAACAGAAUCCCCACAUAGGAAGAACAAAGAGAGUUCCAAGGCAGUAUCAGAGGACAGGAUAUCUGCAGAGUUAACACCUAUCCAUCAGGAAAGCUGUUCAUGAACAUGAACUGCAAAGAAGUUGUUCUGUCAAAGGAAUACUCAAAAGCAGUGUCUGCUCUGUAGUGCUGGAGGAGCAAUCACAGCACAGACACACUGACAAGCUCGUGGGAGGUUUCACAGAAUGAGCUGCAGUUCCCUCUUUUGACACCAUAUGACUGCAAAGUAAAUUGUUUUAUGCUUAUGAAAAAAUGAUUCUUUUCUGUACUUCAGGGUGGGUUAUUACUUUGGUUUUAAACCUACUUCCAACUUUUAUCCUGGUACUCUGUUGUUUUGCAUACCCUGAAGAAUAAACACUGUAGAAGUCCUUGACUUCAAAAAAGG